GUAUUGCACAAUACAUUUGAAGAAAUUUACCAUUUAGUUCAAUAGUGGUGCAAUUAAGUCGGAUUACUUAUGACAAUUAGUUUCCAGGAAUUCUAUUAUGUAGAACAAUAGAAGAGUGAUUGACGUAGGACUGAUGGACGUCUCGAGAUACAAUGUGAUGCAGUGAACAACAAAUGUCAAAACUGAAGCGCACGAUUUAAGUCAUCAAAUUGAUUUUUUCGUAAGGUCGAAAAAGGAACAAGUACACGGUUAAUUCCGAAAAAGUGACUGAAGUAAUGAAACUUGACCCACAUUGCAUCGUGAAAUAUGGAUUUUUAACGAAAUCACCUCCGUUGGAGAAAAUUAAGAGUAAAGUGGCCCGGUGGCAUCUGCGAUGGUUUGUUUUAUACGAUACAAAACCAAGAGCUGAUAUUGACCCUGCGGUGGAGAGAGAAGUUGAACUCUAUUACUACACGAAUGAAGAUAGUCAAAAGCUUGGCGAGCUUCCGUUAGGUCGGAUUGAUUUGAUUGGUUGCGAAGUGCGUCAACAUUCAGGAAGAUUACAUGGCUAUCCUUACGUCAUUGAUAUAAUAACGCCUAACCGAACCUUCUAUUUGUGUGCAACGCAAAAGCCGGUACAUCGAGACUGGUUGAGAAAAAUAUACCAGCACAGUAUACCUCCAUUAGUUAACUACAAACAAAUUGAAGCCUACCAACCAUACUCGAGCUGGGAUGGAUUGUCCGCAACAGAAAGACAUCUAAAAUAUCAUCAAACGUUUGAAAACAGACAGCCUUCUGUCGAAUCUCCAGAACAAAAACAUGCGACUACAGCUCCAACAUCUCCCACAAAUAAAGCUGCUUUUUGGGGAGCCACGCAAUUCUUUGAACCUACCACGCUACGACAUAGCAGACUUUCAACUUCGAGUAUGUUAAACACAGCGAGCAGCGACGAAGACGUUUUUGCAUACAGCCAAUCUGCGUGGGAUUUUAAAAGUGCUUUAAAUCACUCCAAACGACUUCAGCUAAAACCCACACUGAGUAUUGUGCCGCUCAAUCCUGCUCUGGAUUCUGACACAGAUGAAGGAAUAGUUCGCACCAGUAGUGAAUCUUCUUCGACAUCUACGAACGCCCAAACGACGAACGUAACGAAAACUUUCUUUCGCUCAAGCGAGUUUGAUAAUUGGGAACGUGGCAUGUUUUCGGGACCUAAGCUAUCACCAACAAAAAAGGCCCCACUACUACAUCAAAAGUCCAGUUCGCUCGUUGAUAUUCCAAGCACGCUUAAAAACAAUAAUAACGAUUUGUUUGUUCCCUUAACACGUCAAGAAGCAAGCAUGACUAUGCAACGUCUAGCAAAGGGGAAAGGAAACCCUCGUGACAGACGAACAUUUCCCACGGAGUUUAUUUCCUUCGAAGCACACGUCUGAUAACAAAGAAGAAAGUGCAUGUAUUCACGGAACUGAGACAUUUUGUAUUGUCACUCUCCAUCGCACGAAACAUUAAGUGGGACACGCUUCGUUUUACAAGAGACUUUUUGAUCACCGUGACUGAGUUUCUGGCUGCAAUUUAUCCAUUUUGUUGAUUUUUUUUUAGUUGGAUUUUGUAAAUAAAUUUGUAAAUAAAAAUUUAACGACCGGA